CGUUUGGAAGCUUUCAGUAAUUUCCGCCUUGUAAUUUGUACUGCUUGUAUAAUACUGUUUAUAUUUCGACUCUUGGAGUGUUUGUGUUCAAUUUGGCAUUUGAUAUCACUGAGUGCGGUCAUAUUUAGUUCGUAGGCUAAAUGUAUAUUUGUGGUUUUAAUUGUUCCGUUUUCCGUGCAGCUUUAGAAAUCCCCAAAACCUGGACUUUGACUUCAGUGUCAGUAAGAAAAUGCUUGCAGUUUCUGGUCCGAUCGCCUACGGAAUUGUCGCCGAGAAUAUGCCACAGAAGGACGUUAAAGUGUGCUUUCUUGGCAAUUACUGUGUAGGGAAAACCAGUAUAACCAAGCGAUUCGUCAAAGGGAGGUUUGAUGAGGAAUACACCAGCACUAUAGGCGCCGCCUUCUUGUCAAGAUCACUCUACUCCCAGAACAUCGAAUAUCGUUUUGCAUUAUGGGAUACGGCGGGACAAGAAAGGUUUCGUUCACUAGCCCCUCUGACGUACAGGUCUGCAGCCGCCGCACUCAUCGUUUAUGACAUCACAAAUCAGCAAUCGUUCGAUGAGGUUAAUUUCUGGAUCUCAGAGCUCAGGAGGGAUGGUCCUGAGGAAAUCUUGAUUUAUGUGAUUGGGAACAAAGUAGAUCUCGAAUCGUACCGUGUUGUCGACCGGGAAGUGGCAGAGAGUUACGCCCAAACCAAAGGGGUGUUUCACUUUCAUUCCAGCGCCAAGACUGGCCAGGGUGUCGAAGAAAUCUUCUAUCAUAUCUGUCAAAUGGAUUCCACGAAGAGCUCAAUAAAAGAAAAUGGAUGCAGGCAUCAUCAGAAUACGGUCGAUGUCUCCGAUUCCGAUGGAAACAAAGACCAUCAUCGAUGUCGAUGUCGGAGCACGUGAUCACAUCAUCAAACAUGAUCACAAAGACUUUCGAAAUAUCAUCAUGAAGCGAUUUCAGUAUAGCCUUGCACAUCGCCUUUUUAAAUGCGCGAAGCUAUUACUCAAACCGAGCAUGAUUUAUAUAUCAACAACUGUAUUAUUUAUUCCCCUUGUAAAUUUGAUGUGUUUUUGUGUUUUCUGUAACUCAAGAAUGAAAUGUGAACUGGUUGAAUUAG